UUUAGUAAUGCUGGCGGUCGCGGUGUGACGCGUAUUGCGAUCAUAAUUCAAAAACGCUAUUUGUGCUGCUAUUUUCGAACGUAAAGAAUCCCGAGAUAAUACGAUUUACGUGACAAAAUAGCUGUUUGUUUUGGCAAUUAUUGUAUUUUCUUAAUUGAUUUAUAAAGGCCUCUACAUAUUUUUUUAGAGAUGAAGUUCAAAAAUAUUGUGAGGUUUAUUUAAUAUUUUAUUUUUAAAUUUUAAAUCUGAGGACGUACAGUGAUAGAAUGAAAUCUUGAUUAUAAACAUAUUUCGUGAACAAAAUGUCUCUAAAGAAGGAGUCCCGCACAGAUGUGCAGUUCCACCUGGCGGCGCUGCGUGGAGACUGCGAGCGACUGCAGCAGUUGCUUGACACAGGGAAGGUGCACAUCGACUCACGAGAUCGGGACGGUACCACACCACUGAUCCUGUCUGCCGCCAUGGGACACACGCAGUGCGUGGCCGAGUUGCUGGCCCAAGGCGCCGAUCCAGCCUGUUGCAGGACGACAGGAACGAGUGCGUUGUUCUUCGCAGCACAGGGAGGGUUCCUCGACAUCGCCCGCCUCUUGUUGGAUGCUGGCGCUGCCAUUGAUGCUCCGUCCAUGGACGGCGGCACACCACUAUUUGUGGCGAGCCAGUGUGGUCACCUGUCUGUGGUCGAAGAGUUGAUAGCGAGAGGAGCUAACGUUAACUCUUGUAUGAAGGACAAAGCGAGUCCGUUGUUCAUAGCGGCACAGAACGGGCACGAGGACGUGUGCGUGACGUUACUGCGGGCGGGGGCGCGAGUAGACGCGGCGCGUGCGGACUUGGCCACGCCCCUUUGGAUUGCGGCGCAGUGCGGCCACCAACGAGUCGCACGAGCGCUUCUCGCCGCCGGCGCCGAUGUGGACGCGCUACGACAGGACGGCGCGUCUCCGCUGUUCAAGGCUGCGCACAAAGGCCACGCACCCGUCGUGGUGGAACUGCUCAACUAUAAACCAAACCUCGGGCUACUGCCGAACGGUCAGAGCGCACUGCACGGCGCCGCCAUGUUUGGUCAGCUGGCGUGCGUGCGACUGCUAGCGCGUCGGCACGUGCGCGCACCACAGGGCGGCGGCAGUAUACCGCUGUACGCGCUGCGCAACGCGGCCGGCCUCACCGCAUUGCAGGUGGCGGUUGCUGCCGGCAAGCGGGACGUGGCGACGUACCUGGGGCGCCUCGCUACAAUACCUGCGCCCGUCGCCGACAUGCGCCCCUAAUAUAUCGCUGACUACACAUAACUAUUAAGUCAAUUACUCUUUAAAAAAGACCUCAUCUGUGAUUUGGUCAAACUGGUUUUUACAAACUUUUGGUACUUAAUAGUGACUGUGGUGUUUUAACAGUAAAAUUGUUACAUACUAACAUGUAACAUACUAUAAAAUAUUUAAAUGCCACUUUUUUAUAAUUGCCAUACAAUAUGAUGUACUGGAAAUGGAAGACGCAAGGAUGAAAAAAUAAGCUGCAUAGUUAACACCUGAAUUGUGUCAAAUGUCCAUGUCGCACCUACUCCCAUAACAAUUGGGAACUGUACUCUCGAAAUUGUCGACGAGUACGUCUACCUCGGACAAACAAUCCAGUUAGGCAGGUCCAAUUUCGCGCAAGAGCUCACUCGUCAACGUUCGGGAAGCUCCUUAAAAUCUUCUCGUCUCAAAUACCACAGUGUCUGAAGACGAAGAUUUAAAGAAGACGCAGUGUUGGUAGGCUCCCCACAAGAUGGUCAAGAUCGCCGGAAUAGGUUGGAUGGGGGCAGCGCUGGACCGAUCGUUGUGGACAUCUUUGGGGGAGGCCUUUGUCCAGCUGUGGACAUCUUCCGGCUGAUGAUGAUGAAGAUACACUCGAGGAUUUUCCUUACACACUAUGAAUGCAGGUAUUCUACAGAACCCAUAAGUUUGUAUGCUUGCUCAUCUAAUGUACUGCAUAGAUUUGAAUAUCACACAUGUUCAUUUACGAACCAUUAAUAAUUACAACUUGUAUUGUUUUAUCGGUCCUUAUAUCGAGCUUAAAUGUUUAUGUAAAUAUGACAAAUACUAUAUAAUUAUAUGUUACUUUUCCCCAUAACAUUCUAAUAACUACUUGAUAUAUAUGUAAAUGCAUUCAUUUAUGUACUGCAUAACAUUUCUUCUUACACUUGAUCAUACAACUGCAGUUAUGAAAGCCUACUUGUCUUAUUAUUCCAUACCAUAGCUUAGGUGUAUUCGGUUAAUGAAGAAAUUAGUACUUUAACUCAACUAUGCUUCAUAGUGCACUUAGAAAAUUUGUUCGUCUAGAUAGACUGUGCUGUGAACUUUUAAGCAAACACACGCAGACUAAAACAAAGUGACUGAGCUAUUGUGAGUACAAGACAUAGCUAACUAAAGUAAUAAACCUGGUUGUUGUUAUGUGUUGCACAUCAACAAGAGGUUCUAUCUAGACAUAAAAAUUAUCUAAGUUAAUUUAACAUUAAUUUUGGAAAAAAAAGUCAACACAUAUAUGUGUGUUGACUUUUUGAGUACCACAUUAAACUUAAACAGUGCCCAUGUUACAAAAUAACAUUAUAUUAUACAAUUCAUAUUUGCCUUAAUACAUGUACCUCAAACAAUAUCAACACUAGGUUAACAGCUGUUAAAACAAAAUAUAUUUUCAUACGCAUAGAUAUAAUAAUACUAAAAUACAUAUAGAUUGUCAGCUUAUUACUGUCUUAGGUUAAUUUUAUUUAAUAUUACAAGUAAUAAUUAUACUAGUCAUAUAUAAUCUGUUGUAAAUUAGAAUCUCAGAUAGCGAACACAGUGAAUGAGUUAUAAUAAUCAUUCUACUUCAAGACACCAAACAUUAAUGCUUCACUUAUAUUUUUGAAAACAACUUGAUACAGUCCAUAAUAUAAAUUGAAUCUGUUAUGACGGUGAGUUAUGUAUAUUUAGUAAUAAGGUGUAAAGGUUGUUGUUAUUUAUAUUAAAUAUAAGUUGUUUUAAAUAAUCAUAA